CACUCACAGCCCCAUCCAGCUCACCUCCUGGCACAAAGCCCCACCAUGGCUGACGCCUGCUGCUCCAGGACUUAUGUUAUCUCUGCAUCCACCCUGUCUGUCUGUUCCAGUGACCCGAACUGUGGCAGCUGCGUCUGCUCACCCACUGCCUGCACCGGCUUCUCCCGGCAGGUGGACGAUUGCCAGGAGAGCUACUGCGAGCCCCCCUGCUGCGCCCUGGCCCCCUGCCUGAGCCUCCUCUGCGCCCCAGCGAGCUGUGAGCCCUGCCCCUGCCCAUCUGCCUGCACCAGCUCCUGCACGGCCUUGUGCUGCCCGCAGUCUAGCUGCCAGCCCUCCUGCUGCACCUCCUCCCCCUGCCAGCAGGACUGCUGUGAGCCUGUCUGCUGCAGGCCCGUGUGCUGCAGGCCCGUCUGCUGCAGGCCCGUGUGCUGUGAGCCCACCCCCUGCCCCUCGUCCUGCUGCAGACCCUCCUCCUGUGUGUCCCUGCUCUGCCGCCCCGUGUGCAGACCCGCCUGCUGUGCCCCCGCCCCCUCCUGCCAGCCCAGCUGCUGCCGCCUGGCCUCCUGCGUGUCCCUGCUCUGCCGCCCCAUGUGCAGACCCGCCUGCUGUGCCCCUGUCCCCUCCUGCCAGCCCAGCUGCUGCCGCCCGGCCUCCUGCGUAUCCCUGCUCCACCUGCUGCGUCCCUGACUCAGCCUAGAAGUCCUGCUGCUGACCGGGCCCAUCCCCCCAGGGCCAGCCGGGCUCCAGGGAUCCCCCUCCCCGCCAGUGCCUUAAAGCUCCUGACCUCCUGGCGUCCUCAGCCCAUCCUACCCAGGUCUUGCUCAGCACAGAGGAAAGACCAGCCCCCACAUCCCCCAGCCCAGACGUGGGGGCCAACAGGCUCACAGAGCCCCCUUCUUGACCGUGGCCCACAGGAGCCCGGGCUGCUCCACAUCUGCUUCCUCGCUCUGGACCACGGCCCUCGCUGGUCACACUGGGCCCUGCCUGACCCGGGUCCCACCCCGGGCAGUGUUACUCUCCAUGUCUGAGCUCAAAUAAAAACUCUGCUCCCCUCA